AUGUAUAAUUCCAAUGAAUUCUUACACAGUGCUGGAGUCAGUCGGCACAUGCAGGCCACUGGCGAGGCACCAUCCCAAAAAACUAGUAUGAAACGACGAUCCUGCGAAGUUCCUUUGGGGGAUAUAACCUCUAAUAACUUCAAGGUAUCUUUAGGCGACAUAACUAAUAUAAACGACAACUAUGACUGUAGGUCUCUCCGUUCAGUACGAUCUGAGGAUACUAGGCUUCGUUACUACCGACCAAUAGACAGUAGAAGUGUUAAGAAUUUUAGGUCGUCCUUAGCCGACAUAUCAUAUAUAUCGCGGCCUCCCAGUUAUGACCAGCUGUCUAGACGUUCCAUUGUGGAAGGUCCGGAAGGCCAAGGCAUCACGUCUAGUAUUGAAGGGGUCCUGUGGUCUGAUGAAGAGGAGACGGAGUACUUCUAUCACGAGAACAUCACUUCAGCUUGGAAUCAAGACCUUGUCCGACUUUUGAAAUCAUUAGCUUAA